CCAAAGAAAUGUGUGUUUCAGCUGGUUAUUGUCAUUAAACUCCCGCAAUAAUCCAAUGCAUACUCCAGGACCACAAGCCUUGGUUCUUGCCAAUGUAUUCCUAAUAUUUAAUUUACUUAGAUCAGCACUGUGUAUCCCUCUAGUCAUCCCUUCUGUAGUAUUUCUAAUCGCAAAUUAGAUGCCAUAUUUACCAUUUUCAGACGGACACUGCCCUUUGAUCUCUGAUUCGAAACUGAAUUGCCAUUGCAGUGGAAGCCUUCAUGAAUCCCGAAGAAGACCAUGUCUAUGAUCCUGUUUGCCUACGUGGUGCGGGUGGGGGAUGGGCUGCCACUCUCAGCUUCCACAGACUCCUUACACAGCAAGGACCUGCAGGAAUGUAAAAGGUACUUGAAGAUUUUGUCCAAAAUUCUCGGAGCUUACCCAGGUCGGGGCACUGUGAAGAGCAAUCAACUUCAGAUACAUUUUAAUUCUUUACAGGGUGUGGCCUAUAUGACUAUCUGCUGUAGUUUCUAUCCCACUACUUUGGCGUUUUGCUUCCUGGAGGAACUUGGAGUGGAGUUUGUGUCUUCUUAUGACCACACUAAAGUCCACAUGGUCUCCAGACCCUACGCCUUUCUUGAAUUUGAUAGCGUGAUCCAGAAGAUAAAAUGGCAUUAUAACUAUUCGAACCGCCCUUCGUUAAAGAUCAGCGUGGGAAACAUCCAACAAGAGCUGAAAGUGAACCCUCCCAGACAGGUGAAUGUGGAGGAUAUAGUAGUUACCAAUGGGACGUUAAAUGGACAACUCCAUUUUUACUCGGGCUCCGCUCCCAGGCACAGGCUGGAACCAGUAAGUGCAGUUGGCAUCCUCUCCAUUGUACUCAACAUCAUGUGUGGUGCUCUCAACCUGAUCCGCGGAGUACACCUCAUAGAACACCUCUCUCAGGAUGACGAUGACCGAAAGGGAAAUAUUAUUGCGUUUCUCACAGCGUUUCUUACCUGUUUGAUUCAGUGCUACCUGUUCCUGUUCUACAUUUCUGCCAGGACGGCGAAGGCGUUGACGGCCUUUGUGAUCGUCUGCCUCUGCAACCUUUAUCUGUUCGGCCACCGGAACGCCUGGCAAGUGCUCUUCCACAUAGGGGUGGCGUCCCUGUCCAGCCACCAGACGCUGUCGCGGAAACUUUACGAACGGCCGCCCGAGCUCGGAGUCUGACACCCAGAGGCCAGAACGUCGUCACGGCUGAGCUUUCUCGGAUCUGCCUUCACUACCUUUAUGAAGUUGCCGUUAGUACUUUACGGGGAGACUUAAAAGAAAAAAUCAAGCCCUAUAACCCAUUGAAGGGGAAAGGGAUUGAAAUAUCCCUCUUCCCACUUAAAAAAACAAGCUAGUCCCCUUAUUAAUAGAAGGGUGGGAGUACUCGUUGCGGAAGGAGAGGACGUUUGAACUUAUUUAUUCGUUGUAAAUCUGUUUUUUUUUUACCUUUUCCAAACGCUCAGCGGUAUCUCUUCAGAAGUCCGAGGGUAUAGGAGACAGUGAGGUGUAUAAACUUGCUGAGUAGUGGAGGGGAGCUAUGAGGGUUUCUUUGUAAAUCGGGUCAUUUCAGUACUGGAUUUUUUUUUAAAAAGAAAACCUGGCUCUUUGUAUGUAGAAGUAUGCUAAACCCUCUCCUCUCACCUUAAAGGAAUCUUAAAUCCCAUCCAGCCCAUGGGAGAUGGUGGUGGAGGUCA